AUGUUACUAUGUCCAACCCUCCAAUACAUAUUGUGGCUCUGCACUCUCUUCCCUCUCUCUCUCGCCUUCCCAUGGCAUGCUACCACAACCUACGCCCUUACUGUGAUCAACAGCGUUGCCCAGCCACCGACCUUUGAAAACAUUGCAACCAGACACAACGGCCAACUUCUAUUGACUUCCACUGCCUCCCCAAAACUCUACCAGGUUGACCCAUUUCAUAAGGAUGCAAUGAUAAGCGUUGCUGAUAUCCCUUAUUCAACCGGAUUGCUUGGUAUUGUGGAACUGGAAGAGGACAUCUUCUAUGUGGUUAGCGCAAAUCUGAGCUCCCCUAUCGAAGGAGUCCCAAGCUCCAACGCUGUCUGGAAAGUCGACAUGCGCGACCACGGUUUGUCUUUCGGGUCGAACAAGACAGCAAAGACAACGACACCUGUUUCACUCGUGGCCAAUAUCACCAGAGCGCAAUUGCUGAAUGGCAUAUGUCGAUUGGCACACCAGGAUGAGAAAUCACUCUUGAUUGCAGAUUCGCAGGCAGGGGUAAUCUUCAAACUGGACGCGCAUACUGGCUCAUACCAAGAAAUCAUCAAUGACGACGCCCUCAAGAAUUCCCCCGGGGGUUUACAAGUUGCCGUGAAUGGGAUCCAUGUGCGAGGUUCACAUCUGUUUUUCACCAACCUGAACAAGGGCAUAUUUGGCCGGAUACCUGUCUCUUUAUCCACUGGCUUACCUACCGGUCCAAUUGAAGUUAUCAUUGAUGGUAUACAUGGCGAUGACUUUGUCGUUUCUUCGGAUGGCCAAAGUGCAUGGAUUGCGAUGAACGGCGGCCAAAACUCUCUGCUCAAGGUAGAUAUUCCUGGGAAAAGUGCGCAGGUUGUUGUCGAAUCAUCCUAUCUGGCAUCAGCAUCUUCUGUAUCGGUAGGUCGAACUCUGUUCGAUCGGGACAGUCUUUAUAUUUCCUCCGCAGGGAUAUUUAAUGCUGCUCCUGGAUCCAAUCUUACGGUCGCUGGCGGUAUUGUCGCAAGGGUCGAUAUUAGAAAAGGUAGAUAA